AUGUCAACUUCAAAUCAAACUACUUCACAUAAGAAGCGUAAAACCAAUGAAGAACCUAGUCCAGAGAUACUUCCAACAGGUACAACAGUUCGAUCAAUUGCUGCAGCCACUUCAGUAGAAAAAACCAAAACAAAGGAAACAACUGAACCCAAUUCGAAUCCAUCACCUUUAAGUCGUCCAACAUUUGAUUUUACCACUUUACCAUCAUCAGCCAUUCAUAGAUAUCUAUUAUAUCAUCAACUCAUCUCACCCAACUCACUAAACUACGAUCAUGCAUUAUUUCCAACUCGACCGAUCACCUUACCUAUCAAACAAGAAGCCAACACGAUUGUGAGCUCUAAAUCGAGUCAUAAACCAUCACAUCAUAAACCAUUAGGACCGAUGACGUUGACGACCUUAGGACCUACUGGAUCUUUAUCUUUUCUUUCGAUUCCUCCUAAUCCGGCUCCUAGUUUAAAAGAAUUAAGAUCUUUAACGGCUUUUGAUGAUGCUGAAGGUGUAUUGGGUGAUCGACUUUCGAAUUUAGCUAGAACUCAUUGGGAUCAUCAAAACUCUAGUCUUAGUCUUUCACGUGAACAAGAGAUUUUGGCUAGUUUUGUUUAUUCUAUUAAGACUAGAGGAAAAGCUCUUAGACCUUCUGAUCGAUAG